GGAGGGCGGGGGGCGGAGAGGAGCCGGGCGAGCAUUUAAAGCGACAGCCCAGCCUCUGUCCGCGCAGUGCUGAGUGAGCGGCGGCGUGGAGGGGAGCGCUCCGACGGCAGGGCUCCGGAGAGCGGCUGGGUCUCCCUCCUGCUGCUCCUCUUCUGCUCCCCCUCCCUCCCCUCGAGGGAAUCCUCCUCUUGGAGAGCGCAGGCAAGGACCCUUCCUCGCACCCCUGCCUGGGAUUGGCCAUGCUCGGUGGGGGGCGCUGGGGCCCGUCUGGAGGGGCGCUGUUGUGGCUGUGGGCGCUGCUGUGUGCGCGGGGCCCUUGGGCCCGGGGCCAGGAGACCUACGCGCCCCACUCCAUCCGCCUGGAGGGCGACAUCACGCUGGGCGGCCUCUUCCCGGUCCACGCCAAGGGUCUGGGCGGGCCGGGGGUGCCCGGGGGGGUUGGGGGCGCGGAGGGGGGCGGCCCCGGUGGGCCCUGCGGGGACAUCAAGCGCGAGGCCGGCAUCCACCGCCUGGAGGCCAUGCUCUACGCGCUGGACCAGAUCAACAGCGACCCGGAGCUGCUGCCCAACGUGACGCUGGGCGCGCGCAUCCUGGACACCUGCUCGCGGGACACCUACGCGCUGGAGCAGUCGCUCACCUUCGUCCAGGCCCUCAUCCAGAAGGACACCUCCGACGUGCGCUGCACCAACGGAGAGCCGCCCGUCUUCGUCCGGCCCGAGAAGGUGCUCGGCGUGGUCGGCGCCGCCGGAAGCUCCGUCUCCAUCAUGGUGGCCAACAUCCUACGCCUCUUCCAGAUACCCCAAAUCAGUUAUGCUUCAACUGCUCCAGAAUUAAGUGACGACAGACGCUACGAUUUCUUCUCACGGGUGGUUCCUCCAGAUUCUUUCCAAGCACAGGCAAUGGUGGACAUAGUGAGAGCUUUGAGGUGGAAUUAUGUCUCCACGUUGGCUUCUGAAGGAAGUUAUGGGGAAAAGGGCGUGGAAUCCUUCAUACAACUUUCCAGAGAGUCAGGUGACCUCUGCAUUGCCCAGUCAUUGAAAAUACCACAGGAUCGCAAAGACAAGACCUUCGAGUUUGAUAAAAUAAUCAAGCUCCUCCUAGAUACUCCCGGAGCCAGGGCUAUCAUUGUCUUUGCCUACGAUGAGGAUAUAAAGCAAAUCCUUGCAGCUGCAAAAAGGGCUGGCCAAGUUGGGCAUUUUCUGUGGGUGGCAUCAGAUUCUUGGGGCUCCAAAAUGAGCCCCAUAUUUCACCAUGAAGAUGUUGCUGAGGGAGCCAUUACCAUUUUGCCUAAACGUGCAACAAUAGAAGGUUUUGAUACCUACUUUACUUCUCGUACACUGGAAAACAACAGAAGAAAUGUAUGGUUUGCAGAGUAUUGGGAAGAAAACUUCAAUUGCAAGUUGACGAUUAGUGGAUCAAAAAAAGAAGACACUGAUCGUAAAUGCACGGGACAGGAGAGAAUUGGAAAAGACUCCCACUAUGAGCAGGAGGGGAGAGUUCAGUUUGUGAUUGACGCUGUUUAUGCCAUGGCUCAUGCCCUUCACCAAAUGAACAAAGAUCUGUGCAAUGAUUACUCUGGGGUCUGUCCAGAGAUGGAACAUGCAGGGGGCAAGAAGCUGCUGAAAUACAUCCGCAAUGUUAACUUCAACGGCAGUGCUGGCACUCCAGUGAUGUUUAAUAAGAACGGCGAUGCGCCAGGACGCUAUGACAUCUUUCAGUUCCAAGCAACAAACACCAGCACCCCAGGCUACCGUUUGAUUGGCCAGUGGACAGAUGAUCUACAGCUCAAUAUGGACGAUAUGCAGUGGGGCAAAGGAGUGAAGAAAAUCCCUACUUCAGUCUGCAGUGUUCCCUGUAAACCAGGAGAGCGAAAGAGGAUUAUUAAAGGGAUGAGCUGCUGCUGGCAAUGUGAGCUGUGUGAUGGAUACCAGUAUCAGGCCGAUGAAGUGAGCUGUAGACUCUGUUCCUACGACCAACGGCCCAACGAGAACCGCACAGGAUGCAGCCCGAUCCCUAUUGUGAAGCUGGAGUGGCAUUCCCCGUGGGCUGUCAUACCAGUCUUCUUGGCCAUGCUUGGAAUUAUUGCCACCAUUUUUGUCAUGGCUACGUUCAUUAGAUAUAAUGAUACCCCCAUUGUGCGGGCUUCCGGAAGGGAACUCAGCUAUGUUCUAUUGACAGGAAUAUUUCUAUGUUACAUCAUCACCUUUUUAAUGAUUGCCAAACCGGAUGUGGCAGUGUGCUCAUUCCGGCGUAUUUUCCUGGGAUUGGGGAUGUGCAUAAGUUAUGCUGCUUUGUUGACUAAAACAAACCGAAUCUACCGCAUAUUUGAACAGGGCAAAAAAUCAGUGACAGCACCCCGGCUUAUUAGUCCAACUUCACAGCUAGCAAUCACUUCAAGUUUGAUAUCAGUACAGCUUCUUGGGGUUUUUAUUUGGUUUGCAGUUGAUCCUCCAAACAGUCUCAUAGAUUAUGAUGAACAUAAACCAGUGGAACCAAAUAAAGCCAGAGGAGUUCUCAAAUGUGACAUUACGGAUCUACAAAUAAUAUGUUCUUUGGGGUAUAGCAUUUUCCUAAUGGUUACAUGUACUGUGUAUGCCAUCAAGACUCGGGGUGUCCCAGAGAAUUUUAAUGAAGCCAAACCCAUUGGAUUCACUAUGUACACUACCUGUAUAGUAUGGCUUGCCUUCAUUCCAAUUUUUUUUUGCACUUCGCAAGCAGCUGAAAAGGUCUACGUACAAACUACUACACUUACAAUAUCCAUGAAUUUAAGUGCUUCAGUGGCCCUGGGAAUGCUUUACAUGCCGAAAGUGUACAUCAUAAUCUUCCACCCUGAACUAAAUGUCCAGAAGCGGAAACGGAGCUUCAAGGCAGUAGUGACAGCAGCAACUAUGUCUUCGCGGCUUUCACAUAAACCUAGCGACAGACCCAAUGGGGAAGCAAAAACAGAACUUUGUGAAAAUGUAGACCCAAACAACUGCAUACCACCUGUAAGAAAGAGUGUACAAAAAUCUGUUACAUGGUACACUAUUCCACCUACAGUAUAGCUCUUGCCUGCUUUCUUAGAAGGCCCUGCUGCAAAAAAGAAGUAUGUCAGUUAUAACAACCUGGUUAUCUAGUCCUCUGCAUCAGACGGAGUCAUGGGGGGAUGGAGAUUUUCAUCCAUUCAGUCACCUAACCUCGUGUCGGCCUGUUCCCAAAAGAACUGCAGCGUAUGCACUGUUGGAAGCGCUGAAUGGCCGGGCAGUAUUUUUGGAGGAUUGAAGUAUUCUGAACAGCUGCUCUAUGAAAAUUUCCUUAACUUAUUCUUGGCUUAAUAAGUCACUGGCACUGCCAUGAGGCUGUGAUGAUGGACCUUUUUUCUUUGUAUGGGAGGUAUGAUCUAAAAGCUCCGACCUGUGAGUUUAGACCCAACUUCUCCUGGGUGAACUGCAGUUGGUGAUGGUGACUUUCAAGGGGCUAUUUUGUCUUUAUAUGUACUUCCAAACUGCAAGUUUUUGAACUUUCUGUACAGUUUGUGAGAGGUUUUUGCAUAUUGCCAUCUAUGUUUCUGAAGUUUCCCCAUUCAGUUCAAAUGCACCGCAUCAUGCAAGCCCUGGUCUUUCUAACUUUCUCACAUUAACAAACAAAGAAAAAUCCCGGAAAUAAAAAAAAAUGUACAUGACUUGUUAUGAUCAUUAUUGUACCACUUUGAUUCAUAUAUGUUAUUUUUUUAAUUAAAAGAAAAGGGAGAAAAAGAUACUGAAGACCAAAAACUGUGCUGACACAGCAAGCCCCUCACUCUGUUUCCCACCCUGUAUCCACCUCCACCUCCAUUUUCUGCCUUUCAUCAUUCUGAUGGCAACAGAGAAAGCAGAACAGAUUGCUGAAUUUUGAUAGAGGUCGUCUUGAUAUUUGGAAUGCAUGCCAGUAAUGUAUUUUACAGUACAUGUUAAUAAUUUAUGUUGGAUAUUUGUGUUUGUGUUUCUAUUUUGUUCUUUUCAUUAAGGUAUAUAACUAUUUUGCAAUAAUUUCAAUAACUCUUAUGGUAUUUGGAAGAAAGAAAUGGCUUUUACAUGUCUUGAGAAUUUUUUUUCUUUGUUGAUGGCCCACUAUUGACUGACCGGUGUGAUUUAAAAAAACAAAACGAAUUUUAAGGAAAAAAGCAUGUAUGUUUUAUACUGUUUGUAAUAAGUAAUUUCGUUAAUCUUGCUGCUUAUGUGCCAAUUUAGUGAGAACAAUCUUUGCCGCAGAACUCCCCUCUUUCCAUAAUCAAUCCUGUGAUAUUGUCCAAGAAUGUAUCAAUAAAACAUUUUGGUUAAA